UCCGUGUAAUCGUCGUCGAUAGAGAGAGAAAGAGAGAGAGAGAGAGACACAGUGUGGAGAGAGAGACAGAAAGCUAGAGGGAGAGAGCCACCCUCCGCCUGCGGUCUUCGGUGUUCCCGUCAUUUGACGAAGAAGUUAUUGACGCCUCAACAUUUUGUACACUUCCGCUAAACUGCCGCCAAAUGUGGCGGAGUAACCAUUGCUAGCUUGUGCCGGUCUUGCUUGUCUUAGGGUUUGAAAAUGGUCAAUUCGCUUCAAGGUUUGUGAUUCAGGUGGGACUGAACUGAUACGGUAGGGGUUUUCAAGGGACAUUGUUUGAUUAUAUAUUUAUAUAUAGAGUUAUAUAGUUUUGAGUUGGAGCAAAUGGGUGAUACAGAGGAAGCUAAUACUGAUAUGAUGCAAAGACAGCAAUCUUCUUUUGGGACUUCAUCUUCGUCGGUCCCUAAAAAACCCAUCUCAAUUAACCACCUGGAUAUACCUCAGCUGAAUUCGUCGCAAAUUCAAGCUCCGAUGCGACAAUUCUCUCCAAAUUUUAGUGUUGAUGGCAGUAAGAGGGUCGGUAUACCUCCAUCACACCCUCAAAUCCCUCCUAUUUCGCCUUAUUCGCAGAUCCCGGUAACCCGGCAGGCGAAUCAGCAACUGAGUUGGCAGAAUUUUAGCCCAGGACCUACCCAUUCACGAUCCCUGUCUCAGCCUUCAUUUUUCUCACUUGAUUCCCUGCCCCCCUUAAGCCCAUCACCAUAUAGGGACUCUUCAUCUAACACAAUUUCUGAUAGGGUAUCAGCUGAUGUAUCCAUGGAGGAUAGAGAUACGAACUCACACUCUUUAUUACCACCCUCGCCUUUCUCGAGGGUAAAUUCCUCGAGGGCAGGGGAGAGUCUCCCUCCUCGCAAGACGCACAGGAGGUCUAAUAGUGAUAUCCCAUUUGGAUUUUCUACUGUGAUGCAAUCUUCGCCACCACUCAUACCAUUAAGGGGUGUGGGUGCUUUGGAAAGGCCUGCGGCGGCUCAGCCAAUUCAGUUGGUUAAACGGGAGGCUUGUUGGGAUAAAGGUGGUGAGAGCAAUGCUGAAGGGAUGGGUGAGAGGAAAUCUGAGGGUGAAGUUGUGGAUGACUUGUUUUCUGCUUAUAUGAAUUUGGACAAUAUUGAUGCAUUGAACUCUUCAAGAGUUGAUGACAAGCAGUGUAACGAGAACCGUGAUGAUAUGGAUAGUAGAGCCAGUGGGACAAAGACAACUGGAGGUGAUAGCAGUGAUAAUGAAGCAACAAGCAGUGUAAAUGAAAAUGGCAAUAGCUUGCAGAGGACAGGGAUUAGUUCUUUGACUGAGAAGAGGGAAGGUGUCAAAAGGAAUGCAGGGGGAGAUAUUGCUCCAACCACCAGACACUAUAGAAGUGUUUCCAUGGAUAGUUUUAUGGGAAAGAUGAACUUUGGUGAUGAGUCACCAAAACUGCCACCUUCCCAGACACGCCCUGGACAACUGUCGCCCAGUGAUUCUAUGGAUGGGAACUCAAAUACUUUUAGCUUGGAAUUUGGGAAUGGUGAGUUCAGUGGAGCUGAACUCAAGAAAAUUAUGGCAAAUGAGAAACUUUCUGAGAUAGCAUUGACUGACCCCAAGCGAGCCAAAAGGAUUCUGGCCAACCGUCAAUCAGCUGCACGUUCAAAAGAACGAAAAAUGCGAUAUAUUGCAGAGUUGGAACACAAGGUUCAAACACUACAGACAGAAGCAACAACAUUGUCAGCACAGCUUACAAUGUUACAGAGAGAUUCUACUGGGCUAACAAACCAGAACAAUGAGUUGAAGUUUCGCCUACAAGCCAUGGAACAACAGGCACAACUUCGAGAUGCUCUAAAUGAGGCAUUAAGUGCCGAGGUUCAACGGUUGAAACUUGCUACUGCUGAGCUGAGUGGAGAGUCUUCAAAGUUUCAGCAGCUUUCCAUCAACUCUCAGAUGUUCCACCAGCAGCAGCCUACCCAAAACAUGUUGCAACAGCAGCAGUCACAGCCACAGCAACUGCAGCAGAAUGGCGGCACAAUCACAAAACAUGAAUCAAACCAGUAGGUUUGCGGAGGAUGAAAUGGUGUAGAAGCUUGGGUUGCCUCUUUAUUUAUUUUGUCGUCUAUUUUUCCUUAAUAUUCAGCAAUAGUUUAUUCAAUGCAUUCAUUCAUUAGUUUUGCAUCUACAACAAAACAUAGUAAGGUGUCGUAAUUAUAAAUUCAACCUUUCUUGCAUGUCCACCUCCAACUGUUCAUUUAGGUCAUGUACAAGCCCUAUAUCUAUAGCUUUUGUUUCUGUACUAAAAUAUGAUGUUGGAUUGAAGAUCUUUUGGAUGUAUUUUGUUGUGAAGGAGAGUUAAACCUGAACUCUUCUUCAGAUUGGUUAUUUUAUGAUUCUGUGUUACUUUUUUUGGUCGGAUUUAUUUCUUUUCCAAAUGUAAACAAUAAUGGUGGAUGUUUGAUGUUUCUAGAUAUGAAUUGAGUUAAGAUUACAUGUUUCUGUC